AUGCUUUUCAACAUUGCUUCCCUUCUGGCUCUCGGGGCCGUAACCGCCGCUCUCCCCGCCGAGGAGGUUUCUUGUCCUCGCACCAGAUGUUUCGACGCGGUCAACAAAUGUGGUAUCAAAUACGGUAGAUGUUACGACAUGUGCACUCAAGAAAUGCCACCGCCACCACCUUGCCCAGGGGAUUCGUCGUCCGUAACGGCAAUCCCGACAAGUACUUCUUCACCCACCACGACCGUCACCUCAAUUCCAUCUAUCACGCCGAUCCCGACUACAGCUUCUUCAGCCUCCGUCUGCACCAGCACCGGUACUGCUUGCGUGGACUUCCUUCGAAGCUGCGGAUCUCCACCGACGGCUAUUCUAACUUAUGGAGGGUAA